UGACGCGAUGGCCGCUCUCUCAACAAUAUAACGAUUAUUAUACCGAAAACAAAGACUUCACCGGUCGGAGAGGCGUGUUGUUACCUGGACUAACCACCGGAAUGAUAGCGGCAUCGUUUUAACCCGUCGGUUUUGCUCUACCACCCGGUCGGAGACGUCUCUUUUCUGUUAGUGUCUCAGUGUUUGUCUGCUUGGUCUGCCGGGCCUGGAGAGAGGAGCGGCGGGCUAAUACUCUCGGAUGAGCGGGCUGUAGCUCUCACAGAGGUGGGGGGCUGAAUGAACCGGGAAACUAGUCAGUACAGCAUCUAACGGAGCUGCAUAACAUGAUUAAAUGUUACUAAUUUGUAGGAUGGAUCCAGACGGUGGGGCAGAUUCACAAAAAGCUGUCAGUUUGCAGUGGAAGAGCUACAAACUCGUCCAGGACCCAGCCAUACGACGGGUUGCACAGAAAAUCUACAGAUAUGAUGGAGUGCAUUUCAGUGUGCCAGACUCUGGAUUUCCUCCCGUGGGUGAUCUGCGGGACCCUAGACCCCGGAGACUAUGGUCCAGGUAUACAGAACUGUCCCUGCCAGUACCCAAGUUUAAGCUCGAUGAGUUCUAUGUGGGUCCCAUACCCCUCAAGGAGGUGACCUUUGCUAGACUCAAUGACAACAUCAAGGAGCCCUUCCUGGCAGAAAUGUGUGCCAAGUUUGGUGAGGUGGAGGAAAUGGAGAUCCUGUUUCACCCCAAGACCAGGAAGCACUUGGGCCUGGCCAGGGUGUUGUUUACCAGCACCAGAGGAGCCAAGGACACAGUCAAGCAUCUGCACAACACUUCUGUCAUGGGUAACAUCAUUCAUGCUCAGCUGGAUAUAAAAGGCCAGCAGAGGAAGAAGUAUUAUGACCUGAUAGUAAAAGGGUCCUACACUCCUCAGACUGUGCCCCUGGGAGGCAAGGCUCUGACAGACAGGCUCCAGCCUCAGGCCCCCCCACCACAGCCACAGCCACAGCCACAGCCACCACCACAGCCACAGCCACAGCCUGACACGUCAUCAGAAAUCAGGCGGAGGCUCUCCAGUGAGCUUGCGGUUUUGGCAGCAGGGGUCCAGGCCCUCACAUCAGGCAGCGCCACCCCUUGCUCUGGGGAUACUGGUUUCAGUGACCAGCGAUUGGACACGCCCCCCUCUUCAGGCCCCUUCACACCGGGCUCCACUGCUUCAUCUCAGGGUGGUGGAGGAGGGGGGGGAACACCUUUCAGCUCCAGAUCUGGGACUCCUUUCUCACAAGACUCGGGCUACGCCGGCGGCAGGCAAACUGGCUACAACACUGGCACUUUGGGCAGCGGCUACCCUCCCCAGGACAUGCUACCUUCCUCCUCCUCGUCUUCUGCAGUCUCAUCUACUGUCGGAGGAUACAAAGUGUCUCGCUACUCGGAGGAUGCACAGGAACCGUCAGUGCAUCAGCGAGGUCGCCCUAUGUACCCCCCGACCACAUCAUACCGUCCCAACGAGCCGCCGUGCUACCCCCCAUACCCCAAUGUUGGAGGGCCUGGGCCACACAUGGCGCACCACUCCUCAAUGCCUCCGCCACCUCUUGCCGCCCAAUAUGAUCCGCCCCCAAUGUCAGACAGGGACCGUGACCGUGACAGAGACUCAGGGGGGCGCUACGGGGCAGCGGGGAUUGGCUCCAGAAGGUCAUCUUACCACCAGCAGCAAGACACAAACUCUUCCACAAAGUACCAUUCCCAUCACUCCCAUCACCACUCAGAACGCAGGGACGAAAGGGGGUACCGGCGAGACAGCCUGGGCUCCCGAUCAGGUGACCACAGCCACCAGAGACACCGCAACCACCACCAUUCUCACAACCACCACGGCAGCAGCAGCCGCAGGAGGAGCAGCCAUGACCGGGACAGAGAUCGAGACAGAGACCGAGACAGAGACAGUGACUUCUCCAACAGCUCUGACCCCAGAUACAAUUCCAACUCCUACCGCUCCUCCUCUAACAGCAUGUCUCCUCCCCCCUCAUCUUACUCCGCAUACUCCUCCAAAGAGCCGGCCCCAGCCCCUCCUCAGGGAUUAGACGCUUCCACUCGUCUAGGGGGCACAAGCCUCCCAGAGAGGGGCUCUCUGCCUUCGGUAGGUGCUGACAAGCACCACAGUGCUCUGCCUCCACCUCCCCCACCACCACCGCCCCUCCCGUCAGCCUCAGUCAUGGCAGCGGCUGUAGCUGAGACACUUGGAACACUGGACUUCAACCAGGAUAGUCCGGCCCGCGAAGAGCAGUGGACAAAGCCCAAACGUCGUCCCAGCACCCCACCCGCGCCGCCGAAGACGCCCCCGCCUGCCUCCCCACCACAGCCCUCCAUCGCUUCUUCCUCUACCUCCCCUUCAUCUACCUCCCUCCCUCACCAUCUUCCCUCCUCCUCCAGCUCCCCACCGCCCCCUCAACGGGACUCCUCUUCCCCAGAGCCAGAUUCCACCAAUGAGAGUUUACCGUUCGUCUACCACAGCAGCAGCCUCGACUCUCGUAUUGAGAUGCUCUUAAAGGAACAAAAGGCUAAGUUUUCUUUCCUUGCCUCUGAUGAGGAAGAUGACGAAGAGAGGAAAGAGGAGAAGCAGAGGGGCGUACGUGGGGAUGGAGGAGAGCGAAGAGGCGGAUCAGGUGAUGCAGGGGAGCACACGAGUGGCAGUCAGGUGGGAGAUAAUGGGGAGAAGGACCACAGGAGGAAAGGGGAAAGAGACAGAGAUGGACACAGAGGAAGGAAACGGGGAAAGGGGGGAGAUGGUAGGAAGAGUCCCACUGUACCUACAGCCACCAUCCCCUCCUCUUCCUCCUUCUCUUCCCACAUCCUUCCCCCAGAUAAGCCCCAGCCCCAGGUUGGCCUUACUGGGACGGGAGCUUUGCAGGAGGAGUCUUCACAGGGAGCACCUGAUGAUUCACGGAGCAGGACGGGAGCACACACACCACCUUACAAUGGACAGACUCAGCCCUCCCCUCGUUCCUCAGGUGAAGACAUGGAGAUCUCGGACGAGGAGGAGGAGCAGACGAGUACCAUAACAACGGUGACCACCCACCAACCCUCCAUCACCUCAUGUUCCUCACCCUCUUCAUCCCAGGCUGCAAUGCCUUCACAAACAACAGACCCCUCAUCUUCACCCCCACCCAUCUCUGACUCUGCACAGCACUUUGGCACCUCCAUGCACCCUCCGCUUCCUUCCUACCCUCCUCAUUUGCCUCCUCCACCUCCCCCUGGUUACUCCCUCCAGCCACCACCUCCUCCUGGGAUCCCUCCACUGCCCCACAUGGAGCUGCACCCCGAGUAUCCUCCCCCCAUGCCCCACCACAUGUAUGACUAUGCCACGUCCAUGGAGCUGAUGAACCAGUACAGUGGUGGAGCUCCUAUGUCUUUCCAAAUGCAGACCCACAUGCUAAGUCGCCUCCACCAGCUGCGCAUGUCGUCAUCCAAUGGCACCCCGGGCCCUGGUGAGGCAGCCACAGCAGACUACGCCUCCUACCACCACCACUCUAUGCCGCCACCCCACACACACCACCCUUACAUGGAACAAGAGGGGAGCGGGGCGGGUGCUCAUUAUGACCAGGAUCACCGCUACAUGCACCCCCACAUGCCUUACCCCUACCCUGACCCCCACAGCACUCAGAUACCCCCCCCUCCACACCAUGGCAUCCCGCCUCCCCAUACUGGCUGGCCGCCACACGUCUUACCGCCACAAUACCCCUCUUACAUGCCCCCACCUGUCUACGGCACCAUGCUGCCUGGGGAGGGAGACGAGUACCGGACUCCAGGAGAGGAGAUGCCCAUGAUGGCUGAAAAUAAUCCACAUGAAGCCACAGUGCAGAUGGUCCUGGGCAAUCUGAUCCAGGAAAUGAAGAACAUCAUGCAGAGGGACCUGAACCGAAAAAUGGUGGAGAACGUUGCCUUUGCGACUUUUGACGAGUGGUGGGAGAGGAAAGAGACCAAAGCCAAGCCUUUCCAGACAAUGGUUAGAGGAAUGUCUGCGUUACGGGAUGAUGAGAAAAAAGAGGAAAAGGUCAACCGUCCUCGGGAGCCUCUCACGGCUCUUGUGGAUUGGGCAAAGAGCGGCGGCAUGGAGGGAUUGUCUCUCCGGGGAGCACUACGACUGCCUUCCUUCAAGGUGAAGAGGAAAGAACCUCAGGAGAUCAAAGAGGGAGACAUGAAAAGGCCGCGACCCUCGACUCCACCAGACGAGGAUGACGAAGCUGCUGAGGGGAGGAUGCCGGAGGCGAACAGACAUGGAGCCGAAAGGGACAACAAGAGGAGGAAAAAGAAGCCAAGGAAUCUUAAACCUUGGGAGCUCGGCAGUGAGGGAGAGGAAACGUCGGAUGGCUCCUCCACUGAAAAGGAGGACGGAGAGGAAAGUGAAAAGGAGUCUGAUGAUGAUGCCCUUAGUGUUGAUAGUGAUGAUGAGAGCCUCUCUUCGUCCUCUGAGGGCUCUUCCUCUUCAGCAUCCUCCUCUUCAUCUUCUUCUGAAGAUGAGGACGAAGAGGAAGGAGAGAGGGCUGAGAGUGAAGGGCCAGACACCAUGGAUGAGUCCACCAUGGACAGCACAACCGAGAAACAUGACAGGGAAAAUAACGCAGCUGCUGUUUCUAAGGCAGAGGUCAAAACAGGUGAACUUAAGGACAGCAAAGCAGAUACAACAGCAGCACCUAUCAAGCGUCCUCCAUCGCCCCUGUACCCGCGCCCUUCGUCCCCUAUUGUUGUUGUGCCCCCUCUCAAGAAACGCAGGAAGACUGUCUCGUUCUCCACAGGCGAGAACGACGGCAAAAGCCAGCCGCCGACUGCACCGCUUUCUCCAUCUCCCUCACAACUGGCGGGUGAAUCUCCCCUUGUCUCCCCUGUCAGGCCUCCAGACUCCCCCGUCACUGCUUCCCCGUCCCCCUUGGCUCGUCCCACUCAGGGCAUCCAACUUCUCCCCUUCGCCUCCAAACCAGGUGAAGGCAAUGCCCUCAUUGUGCCCCCAUCUGGACGAACCCAAGAUUCUGACGAGUCCAAAAGACUUCCUGUUUCUCCUCAGACCACGCCGGUCAAAUCCCCUGGAAAACGGGGUGCAGGCAAAGACUUCCCCAAAUCUCCCAUCCCUCCUAUCAUGGUGUGCCGUACCGUGCAGAACCUGCCGUUGGACCACGCUUCUAUGUGCAGGAUGGCCUUCGAGGAGGCUCCUCCUCCACCUCCCGUCAACAAACGGUCCAGAGGCAGGCCUCGGACGACCAGCCUGUCUGCUUCUUCCUGUCACUCCCUCAGAGAGGAAGACGAGGAUGAGGAGGAAAGUGAGCAGAGGUUGAGACUUAGAGAGCAGCUGGGGGCAUCGAGCCUCCUGCAGCUGGCCUCAGCUUCAACUGACUUGUCUGUGUUGGCGGACGUAGCCCUGAAAAUGGACCCUGACGCUGGAGACUCAGAGGAGACGGAGACAUCUGAUGAGGCGGAAGAGCAGAAGAUGGAAGAGGAUCUCUUCUCCCCAGAGUCUCUGGCUCUGGUUCUGAGCCCAGAGGGUGUAAUUGUCCUCAUGGAGCACAACUACUGCAAAGCCCCUAUUCUCCCAGUACCAUCCGGUACCAAAAGGACUUCCUCCAAACAGGACUCCUCUGUCUUACUCCCAGCAGACCUCAACACUAUUUCUGGGGUGCUUGAAGCGCCAGAGGAGGUCAUUGGAGAGGCGCUGCCCUCCAGAGGAGAUACAAAAGAACACUUAUCUACAAUGGGAGUGCUUUGUGAGUCUGAGGAUGCGGGCCAGGCUGCGUCUCUAACUCCAUCGUCAAAGAAGAAGAUCACGGCUGGCAAAGGUUUAGAACUUGAAAAGGACAAGAGCAAAAAGAGGAGAAGAAAAGACAAAGAAAACCUCGAGGUUCAUCACUCACCAAAACAAAAAGAGCAGCCGGGCAAGAAGCAGAGGAAGCGGAAACUAGAGGACUCUGAGGAGGAUGUGGACGUUGAGGAGCUUGAGUCAGGGGAGCUGUCCAGCUCAGACACCGAGGACGAGGUGGUUGAAGACGUGAGGAAGAGUGAGCGCCUCUUCCUGCAGGAGGCAGGUGUGACAUCAUCCCAGCGCUGGCCUAAACCUGCCCCAGCAGCACCCGAGCUGCCGGCCAUCAAGUUUGACAACCGCAGUGAGUUUGAGCAGAUGACCAUCCUGUAUGACAUCUGGAACUCCGGUCUGGACGGCGAAGACUUGAGUUUGCUGAAGCAGACGUAUGAGAAGCUGCUACAGGACAACCAGAGCUCUGACUGGCUCAACGAUACCCACUGGGUCAAUCACACUAUAACCAAUUUGCCAAACCCUCGGCGUAAGAAGAAGAAUGCUUGCGAACAGCUUCGGGAGCAUGUGACCGGUUGUGCCAGGAGUGAGGGCUACUACGCCAUCAGCCGCAAGGAGAAGGACGUCUAUCUGGACCUGGACCUGCCCGAGCAGGUCAUACGGGAGGGGGAGAAUGUCGACAGCUCGGGAGCGAACCGGGUCCUAUCAGAGAGACGCUCAGAGCAACGUCGGCUCCUCACUGUCAUCGGCACCACGGCGGUCAUGGACUCUGACCUACUCAAACUCAACCAGCUUAAGUACCGCAAGAAGAGGCUUCGCUUUGGACGCAGCAGGAUCCACGAGUGGGGCCUGUUCGCCAUGGAGCCCAUCGCUGCCGAUGAGAUGGUCAUUGAGUAUGUGGGGCAAAACAUCAGACAGAUGGUGGCUGACAAUCGAGAGAAGCGGUACGCACAGCAGGGCAUCGGGAGCAGCUACCUGUUCAGAGUGGACCACGACACAAUUAUCGAUGCCACCAAGUGUGGCAACCUGGCCCGAUUCAUCAACCACUGCUGCACUCCAAACUGCUACGCCAAGGUCAUCACCAUAGAGUCCCAGAAGAAGAUUGUGAUCUACUCGAAGCAGGCCAUCGCCGUCAACGAAGAGAUCACCUACGACUACAAAUUCCCUCUGGAGGAAAACAAGAUUCCUUGCUUGUGUGGAACAGAGAACUGCCGCGGGACACUGAACUAGUGGACGCGCUUCUAUUCCUCACUUGCCAACGGACAGCCGGGACCGGACACCUGCCGGUUCACCCUCCUCAGAGUGUACCUCGAAACAAAGCCACCCUCCGACCCCCACCACCCCUACCCCGUCCUCAUAAUACCCAGGAAACAGAGACACACACACUUGCACUUUUCACACACACUUUUCAUUCACUUGGCAGUUUCACAAGCCAGUGUGUGAGAGGUUUGUGAGGGGGGCCUCUGCUUCAGCACGAGCUCCUCUGUGGCAGUAUUGUUGGACUGCAUUGGGUAAUAUGUUCCGACCGAGCGGUUCGGUGCAGCCAGGCAUGAAAGCUCUUUAUUUCCAUGCCAAUACCCGUUUGAAGGAAGACAAUAAAAACUGAAAAGAACACCAGUAUUGUAUGUCUACGUCAGCUCACAUAACCUACAGCCUAGUCCACUCUUCCAGUGUCAAAUCCCUCCCUGCACCCACCCACCCGCUCAGAUCCGCACACAGACGCACAGGAAUAUCUGACAAAUUCAGGGUUUUUAAAAGCGCUUGUUAAAGGCGCACUUUUAAGAUGACAAACUUCAAUCAAUUUGGUCUUCAGUUAUGCAAGAUUUCCAAGUGUGAAGAUUGUUUUGGAGCUUUUCUUUUUAUUUCAUUUCAUAGUAUUAUAUAAUAAUGUUACUAUUGCUGUUAUUAAUGGUAUUUUUUUUUAGUUGCAUUCGCUGUAAGUAUCCUACAGUGAGAUGAGCUUCAGUGUACCCCAUAAAACUAUCGUUUCCCUUCUCCACUGUGCGUUACUCUCCUGAUCCGCCACAAUGAGAGUAAAGUCCUUACAACUAUUGUUUUUAACCCACCGUGAAAAUAUGUCCGUUAGGUUUGUAGCUAAAAGUGUUUUAUUUUUACAUGGCUGCUGAGUUUUUGUCUGCAGGAUCAGCACAACGGAGAAUUGGCCUGUUUUUUUUCUUUUUGCCCCGAAGUUAAAGCUAUGUUAACACAAGGUCUUGUGACGAGAACUGGUUAAGUGUUUGUUCCGUCUGUUUGUCUGUGUUUAGUUCCUUGGAAGCAAAUGUCGACGAUUCCUGUUUCAACAGUUGGCAAGUUCUUCUUCCUUCACUAAACUCACACAGGUUCUAGUAGAAAUGUGUGGUCCAUGUUAAACUUAGUCUAUCUGUGUGCCACACAUGUUUUUAAAAGGCACAUUUAUUUCACUUGGUCAGGUUUAGUUUUGUAACGUUUGUUUUUUUUCCCCUGUUUUGUGGGCCUUUCCCAGAAUGCAUUAUUUUAUUUGAGAGUGUGGAGUCGUUCGCCCCAUUGAAAACACCCCUCCCUGAAAAAUGUUUCUGCUCAAUGCAAACAAAUGUCCUGCUUACAAUCUGUUUGCAGUGUCGAUGGGUGGAAGGUAUAUAUAGAUAGGCCUCAGCGGGUUUGUGAUACGCUGCAGACAGCAGGAUGUAUAUGGCCCUCGUGUUGUGUCUCUGUUUUUCAAAUGGCUAAUAGCCGUCCAAAGUUUGACUUUCAUUUUGAACUUUUAACUAGCAGACUUUUAAUUUUGUUCCCUCCCGAACAGGAACAUGUGUAAGAUAUUUCUUGAAAGCCUUUCAGUACAAACCAACCCUCUUUACUACAGGAUAAAAAGAUGAAAGGAAAAAAAAAUCAAAGAAGUACAUGUAAAUAUUGUAGAGGUGUUUGUUUCUCGUAGAAACACACUGAUUUCAAGCUGUAAAUAUGUCGUUCCUUUUCCUCUCUCCAUGAGGAGGAAACAUGUACAUACCUUCCAUUCAUUUAUUUUUUAUUGUUUUUCCUUUUAAUUUGAUGAUUAUUUUAAUAUUAUUUGCAAUAUUUCUCUUGUAUUAAUGCGUUGGACCCUUUAUUAAUGGUGCAUUAAAAUAUUUUUUAAAUAAA